AUGGCUCGCGGUCGCUGGCCAAUCUUUUUCCUUUGCAUCACCUUAUCCCUCAUCCACUUCUUCCCUCCCUCAACCGCCCACCCCUAUGAGCGCGCCGCCGCAACAGACCAUGGUCUCAAAUUUUCUACCCCCAUUUCGGUACAUUUGCGAUUACCGCUCUCCGAAUCUUCUCAAAAUCUCUCCCCACCCGCGGUUCCAUUAGCGCCACCAACACAACCCGCCGCACACAUCCCGUCUCGUCUGUUUGAACAUUUUGACCUCGACAAUGACGGCCUCCUGAGCGAGAAGGAAGUCGCCGCAUUGCUCAAGCUUCUUUUCAAAAAGAAGAACGAAGAGGAUGCUCUCAAACAGGCCGACCGCACCCCCGGCACUCACGACAUCACCAUUGACGGUGAAACCCUUUCCGUCGGCGCGGGCGAGUUCGAUUUGCUUUUUAAGCAACUCUCCAAUCUCAAGCAAACAAAAGACCCUUCUAAAGAUCCUAGAAUGACCUUGCAAGAAGACAUUGUUUUUGUCAAAGAUUUAGUUCUUGUCUUUCUUGCAGCUACCAUCGGCGGCGUCAUCGCUACCAACUUCAGACAACCCCCCCUAAUCGGUUUUUUACUUGGUGGCAUGACUAUCGGUCCUGGUGGUUUUGGUGUAGUUACAGAGCUCGUCGAGGUUGAGACUCUCGCCUCUCUAGGAAUUGCUUUUCUUCUCUUCUCCCUCGGCAUCGAGUUUUCCAUCACAGAACUGCAAGGCGUCCGUCGCGUCGUUGUCGUCGGCGGUAUCACCAGCAUGUUUGGGGUCGUUUUCGGAACCGGCUUCCUUUCCCUCGUUCUUGCACUCGUGAAGACGAUUCCGGAGGCCGUCGCACUUGGGCUGGCCGUUUCGCUUUCAUCUACUGCCGUUGUAUUACAGUGCCUUCCAGGCGCAGGCCACGGCCACGGGUCUGGUUCAGCUCAAAAUGGCCACGGGGAGGCGGGGGCAAGCGCGGAAGGCGGCGACGAUAAGUACAAACACGAUCCCAGCAGCCAAGCAGACUCGCAGAGUGUGUCGGGCCCGACGAAGUCGAUGUCGAUGCCGUUAAGUUUUGAUGCUCCACGAAGCAGAAAGGUAAUGCUAGGUUUGCUGGUGUUUCAAGAUGUCAUGAUUGGGCUGAUUUUGGCCUUGUUACCCACAUUGCAGGGCUCUUUGGGACAGUUCGUGGAGGAGCUCCUCAGCGCGAUGUUACGACUUGGAUGCUUUGUAAUGCUUAGCUUGAUUUUGGCUGAGUUUGUACUUCCGUCGCUAUCAGAACGGCUCGACGCCGCAAAGAGUCAGGAAGUCUUUACGAUAGGAUGCGUUGUCUUUUGCCUCGCUAUGUCAUAUCUAUCAGAAGAGAUGGGCCUCGCUAUCGAACUCGGGGCAUUUACUGCAGGAAUCAUGCUUUCAGAAUCGCGUCACAAGGCGAGAGUGGAGGACUGCAUAUCGAGCAUUCGAAGUAUAUUCUCUGCCGUGUUCUUCAUCUCUGUUGGGAUGAUGAUCCACUGGCGUUACUUUUAUCAGAAUUUCAUGAAGAUGGCCGUCUUGUUGGUUGUGAUUUUACUAGUCAAGACUCUUGUAAUGGGACUAGUAAUUUGUGCAUUGGGAGGCUUGCCAAUGCGUCUUUCAAUGGCAUGUGGAUCAGCAAUCGCUCAGGCAGGGGAAUUUACAUUCGUCAUUGCUUCAAAGGGCCAGGCCCUGCAACUGUUUUCCGCCUCAGAAGCGAGAAUGAUCAACGGGGCGACUGCAUUGUCAAUGCUUGCCACUCCAUACAUCAUUCGGUACGCAAGAAAGUGGACGUCGCGCGGGAAUGGAAGCCUACAACGCACGGAGCUUCAAGGCGUGUAGUAUGCGAUGCCAUUCAGCGGACGGACUAGCAAUUUGACUCCGAAGUGACCAUAAAGUAUACUCGUGAGGCGUACAGCAAUUGUGAAGCAGGCACGCGUCUCAAAAAUUCUGACUAAAGGCACCCAAAUACGCAAGCGUGAACUCACGGAGACGCGAACACUUUCUAAAA